CUAAAAGUUAUUAAAAUAUAAUGGCUAUAAUUCCCUGUGCUACUCACAUGACUUUGUGUGUUGCCCAUUGUGUUUAAAGAACAAUAGAUGCUGAAGUAAGUAGGUAAUGUUUUUUCCCAGAGAAAACACACCAUUUUCUUUGUCUGGUAGCUAGGCUAAGGAGAAAAAUUACUUCAGUCCAUCUAGGGAUUGUGUUGAGUUGUAGUUUUAUUUAAAUAGUUUCAGUUUAUCUCUGAUUUCACAUAUUUAAGAGUAAAAUCAGUUCCUUCCUUUAUCAGGGCUUUGGGAUCUAAGUGCCUGAGACCAUAGGAAUCUUUCCUUGCUUUUUAGCUCACAUCCAGUUUCCUGUGAAGCUCCACUUAAGGGUUGAUUUCAUUGAUCUUAUUAGGAGUUGAGCUGGGUUGGGGCUGGAUUACUUAGUUGUGCUUCAACUCUGCCACACACAACGACAUGGAUAAAUCUCAAACACGUAAUGAUGAGUGAAAGAAGCCAGAUGCAAAUGAAUGCAAACUAUAUGAUCCCAUGUAUAUAAAGUUCAGGUAAAAAGAAUCUGUAGCAUUAGAAAUAAGGACCAUGCUACCUGUGGGAAGGAGGGGAGGGUGGUGACUAGGAGGGGCCAUAAAAAAGGCUUCUCAAAUGCUGGUGAUAGUCUGUUUCUUUACCUGGGUGGUGGUUACCUGAAUGUUUACCUUGUGAAUAUUUAUUGCCUUGUAUACUUACGAUGUGUGUUCUUUUCUGUAUAUAUGUUACAGUUCAAAACCAAAAAAGGAAGUGUGUGUGGUGGGGGAGAAGCUCUCGCACAAAAAAAUAAAGUUAGAAAGAAAAAUCAAGUCAUAGAAUAGAAGAGAUUUGCAAUGCAUAUAACAAAGGAUUUGUAUCCAGAAUAUUUUGCUUAAAAAAUUUUUACAGAUCAAAAAGAAAAGGACAUAAGGGGGAAAAAAGCACGCAAUAGAAAAUGAGUGAAGAAUAAGAAAAAGCAAAUAACUGAAGAGGCCUGAAUGACCUUUUAUAAACAUGAAAAGGCAUUCUUCAUCUUUUAAUUCUUUGUUGACACAGCUUUCCUAGUCACUUUGCAUCUGUAUAUUGGUUUGUGUCCUAUCACCUGCAGAUUAAAUAGGAGGGUUAAGUACUUAAAGAUGAGAAAAGUUGAUCUUUGUUUAAGCUCUGAAGGAACUGAAGUGAUUUUAGCGACAUCAAGUGAUGAAAAACAUCCACCUGAAAAUAUAAUUGAUGGAAAUCCAGAAACAUUUUGGACCACCACAGGAAUGUUUCCCCAAGAGUUCAUUAUUUGUUUUCACAAACACGUAAGGAUUGAAAGGCUUGUAAUCCAGAGUUACUUUGUGCGGACCUUGAGGAUUGAAAAGAGCACUUCUAAAGAGCCAGUUGAUUUUGAGCAGUGGGUUGAGAGAGAUCUAGUACACACAGAGGGGCAGCUUCAAAAUGAAGAAAUUGUGGAAAUUCAAGGGAGAGAGGAACAAGUAAAAUGACACCACAAGGAAGCAAGUAGACUUGUAGCCAUUAAUGCAGCUCACUGAAAUGCCCAGAUCUCUGCCUUCCCUGCCCAUGGUAAGAUAUAAUUCCUGGCCUUCUUUGUUUGGGUAGGGCCAUGUGAUCAGUUUUGGCCAAUGAGAUGAAAGGUAGUUGACCUCUAGGCUGAGCAUUUAAUUGCUUACAAGAGACCCUUCAAAGCCCUUUUCUCUCUCCCCUAGUGACCAGCCGUGAUGUUCUACAUAGUUUAACUACUUCAUCGUUCUACCUCUGGGAGUAAGACUGAUGAUAGCAGGUAGCAGAGCUCCCAGUCAGUCUGUGGUAGACAUAUAGAAGGAGAAAUAAAGCUUCAUUGUUUAAACCAAUGAAAUUUUGGAAUUGCUUGUUACCCUAGCAUAACCUGGCCUAUCCUGACUGAUAUACAGAGAAAUCUAGAAUGUGGCUUAUCCUACAGGACAAGUGGUCUGGUUUCUUCAACAAUUCAGUGACAUGAAAAAUGUUAAUCAGUUAAGGAAGUGGUUCCAUUCUAGAUUCAAGGAAAUGUAAGAUCCCCAAUAAACACAUGCCAUGUGUGGAUCUUAUUUGGAUGCUGAUUUGAACAAACCAACUGAAAAAGACAUUUUAAAGAUAAUUGGGGAAAUCUGCUUAUGGGCUGGGUAUCAUUGUUCAUUUUGCUAGGUGUGAAAUACUGGCAUCAAGCUUAUGUAAGAAAAGGCCUAUAUUUUUCAGAGAUGCGUAUGUAUGUAUGCAUGUAAGGUAAAAAUGUAAAAAAUGUAAGGUAAAAAUGCGUAUGUAUGUAUGUAAGGUAAAAAUAACAUGAUAUCUGGGAUUUGCUUUAAAAUACUUGAGCAUAUUUUUUAAAGGAAAAAAAUGUGAGUUGAAGCAAAUACAGUAGUAAUUUAUUGGAUCUGGGUUAUGGAUAUAUGGGGCUUCUUUGUACUAGUCUCUCUACUUUUUUAUAUGCUUG